AUGUCAGUUUCAACUAUCGUUAACAUUCAAAAAAAUCUAGGUCGUUAUGGUUUAUCGGCAUUAAUUUUGCUCGGUAAUGUGGGCAAUAUUUUAACAAUUCUUAUAUUUAUCCGAACAUUAAGAAAACUACUAAAUUCAUGUACAUGCUAUUUGUUAGCUGCUUCAAUUACAAAUUGGAUUUUGAUUAAUAGCACACUUAUUUCAACGGUCUAUGGUGUUGAUCAUGUUGAUCCACAGCAUAGAUCACUUGUCGUCUGUAAAUUACGCUGGUAUGGAGGACAAAUACUAUUAAUGCUUUCACGAAGUUUCAUGAUAGCUGCAUGUAUUGACCGAUGGGCUCUUACUUCUCCAUAUGCUAAGAUUCGAUCAUUUUGCCGACCAAAAAUAGCUCGUAACGUUAUUUUUUGUCUUUUGUUGAUUUGGCCAAUCAUACCAGUGCAUAUGGCUAUUUUCAUUAACAAUUAUUCUGGCCGUUGUGGUGCGCCUUCCUAUUAUGCUUUCGCAUUUGCUGUCUACUUAUUUAUUUUUAUUGGCUUUCUUCCACCAUUUUUGAUGAUUUUCUUUGGUGUCCUGGCCUGGAAUAAUUUAAGACAAAUUCGAUCACGAGUUACACCUAGACAGAAUCUUGCUCAGGUUCGUUUUCAUAAAGCGGAUCGUGAUUUAAUGAGAAUGUUAGCGGGUGAGGUAUUGGUCUAUGUAGUAACUACAAUUCUUUAUCCUGCUAAUGUACUCUAUGGUUUUAUCACGACGCCAAUUGCACAACAAAAGAGUGAAAUGCGAUUAGCUAUCGAAGGACUUGUUGGAUACAUUAUUAGUCCAUUAUUGAAUUAUUUUUACUGUGUUGCUCCAUUCUAUGGUAUGAUGAAAAUUUUUGAGGUUCCACCUAUGUUUUUUUUAUCAUGA